GCGCGAGCACUUCCGGGUCGCUGGCACAGGGCUGCGGUUUCCGCGGCUGAGGAGGUGGUCGCCGCGGGCUCCCUACCUGGCUCUGCUACCGCCGUGGCGGAAGCGCCUUCCCUCAGGACAUCAAUGCAAGCCUGAAGAAAAAGCAAUUGCUUCCUUUUAAGCCAUGGCAUAUCAGUUAUACAGAAAUACAACUUUGGGGAACAGUCUUCAGGAAAGCCUUGACGAGCUCAUACAGUCUCAACAGAUCACCCCCCAGCUUGCCCUUCAAGUUCUACUUCAGUUUGAUAAAGCUAUAAAUUCAGCAUUGGCUCAGAGAGUCAGGAACAGAGUCAAUUUCAGGGGCUCUCUAAAUACGUACAGAUUCUGCGAUAAUGUUUGGACAUUUGUAUUGAAUGAUGUUGAAUUCAGAGAGGUGACAGAACUUAUUAAAGUGGAUAAAGUGAAAAUUGUAGCCUGUGAUGGUAAAAAUACUGGCUCCAACACUACGGAAUGAGUAGAGAAAUGCGGCUUUUUUAUGCCACCUUCUGUUAUUUUCAUCGCUUUUUGAAGAGAAACAUGGAAGAGACUUUUUUUUAUUUAUUCUCACGGUGCAGAAAUGACAACACUGUGCUAUAUAUACUACCCAAGGGUCAGAUGGGUAGUCACAGAGAGAAGCAUGUGACUCUGUUCUCUUAAAUGACCUUUAGUACACAGCAUAAAGAAAUGUAACUUUUUUUUAAUGACAAAUCAAAAAUGGUUGCCUUCAUAAGAAUAUUCUUCAAUAAACUCGUUUUAAAACUUG